CAACAACAAAACAUAACCUUUCACUUUAUCGUAUCGCAAGCUCCUCGAUGCGCCUUGAUAACCCCAAUAAAAAAAAUACCACCACAUAAAACUCAUCGAGCAGCACGCUCUAAAAUACUUCGUCUUGGAAAUCCCCAUCCUCGUCGUCACGGCUUUCUUAAUGGGAUCGCCACGCAAACGAGCUCGUCCCAAUCCCCCAAAUCCCGUUGCGACCACGACCGACACCAUACCAGAGCCCCAGCCAUCAGAAGGGCAAGCAGGGGAGGCUACUAGGCCAUCGUCAGUGUCGCCGUCGGCGGCGGAUAGUACGAGUGUCCCCGAAAAUGGUAGCACCAGUGUAGCUCCCACGACUGUUGCUCCCGAACGAAAGAAGACGGGAGGGAUAGCUAAACAGGUAGGUCUUGGUUUGUGGUGGGGGCCCCGCUUGCUGGCAGAGAGCUUGCAUGUCAUCAUCGAGGACGGCUUGCUAACGAUUGCAUCCAGUUGAAGCAGAAGAGUAGUUGGUACGGUACUUGGCCUCGCAAGUCGAUCGCCUCAACUCAGGUGGCAAGAGAAACGAUAUUGGCAGAUAAACCCAAGAACGCGAACGCGAACGGGAAUACUGCUCCAUCUGCUGAUUUAAGGUUCGUCUUUCUGGAUUUAUACCUUUGCGCCGGCGUAGAAGAGAGAGGAUAUACUGCACUUAAAGACUUUGGGGUGCUGGUUAUCCAAAUAUCUUCUGCUGGUCCAAAUAUUCCGGGGAAAUGUAUAGUCAAUACUAACUCGGGUACUACAAUAGUCGAUUUGAACAAAAAAGACCCACUCUUUCGAGUUCGAGGCCACCGUCUAUGUACCUGGGGAAAAGCAAGGAAACUCUGGAUAUUACAAUAGGCGAUAUGGACGGGGCCUCGUCGACGAAGGAUAUAGAAGCUACCAGGCAGAGAAAGGAGACUAAGAAACCCGACAACAGCACUAAGGAGAAUGACGCGAAUUCUGGAGGCGAUCCGAGUGGGGCAAAGGGAGAAGCAGCGAACGAUUUGACAUCUUCAAUACCAGAGACACCUGCGCCUAUUCGAGGAUCCGAGUCUGUUGUGAGACCGUCCACUGCUUCUGGUUGGCUUGGUGGGUGGCUUAGUAGACCCAAUCUACAUGAUGGUGCAGGAAAUCUGGCAAAGCCUGCGAAUAAACCGGAAGUUCUGAUAGAGGAUGAAGUAGCAGUCGCCAAAGAUAUCUCUCUACCACAGGAACAGCCUACGGGAGGCAUACAACCAUCCUCAUCUGCGCCAGUAUCUUCGUGGUUUGGACUAUGGUAUCCAGCGACGCCCGCCGAAACGACCGAGGCAAUCCCUGUCAAAACACCUGAUGCAAAUAAGGAUACAAUAAUGGGAGAUGCACCAGCUCCUCCUGCUUCCAGCGCGCCAACAUCAAGUAGUUGGGCGUUUUGGUCUAGCGAUACAAAGGCCAAGAAUGUAUCGGAAGCAAUUCCGGAGGUUGGCGAAGUUGCGAUAUCUGGAGAACCAUCCCAAAAUAGUCCUGAGCCAGCCAAGCUUUCAAAACCAAUCGAAGCCAAGAAGAAGAAAUCAAAUAAACGACUUCGGAAUCAGUCGGUAGAUCUUGAUCAACCGUCACAACAAACCGAACCAGUCACGGUUGCCGAUAUGCCACAGAGUUCAACUGCAUCUAAAACGCAACAACCUCCUAAUCUUCUCAUCCCGUCUGUUAAGCAGACUUUUAGACUUGUAGAAAAUACUUCCAUUUUGCAGCAAAUUGCUCGUCUUCUUUUACUAUCUCAACAACCACCAGCCAAGCACGUGUAUUUGGCCAAAGAUACUCCAGUUGUCAAGCGGGCACUUGCUAUUGGAAUUCACGGGCUUUUCCCUGCUCCAUUACUUCGGACGGUCAUUGGACAACCCACUGGAACCUCUAUCAAAUUCGCAAACCAUGCAGCAUCGGCAAUUAGACGAUGGACAGAUGCUCAUGGGUACAAAGAUUGUGAAAUUGAAAGGGUUGCAUUAGAAGGCGAGGGAAAGAUUGCAGACCGAGUCGACAGUUUGUGGAAGUUGCUCCUGAAUUGGAUCGAUCAUGUUCGAAAAGCCGAUUUCAUCUUAGUGGCAUGUCAUUCCCAGGGUGUUCCAGUCGCCAUUAUGCUCGUUGCUAAACUUAUCGAAUUCGGUGUUGUAUCUCAAGGGAGGAUUGGGAUCUGUGCAAUGGGUGAGUUUCAACGUUACAAUUACCCUCUCAUUCUAUGUGCUUUGGGAGGAAUUACUAACGUUUUGAAUUAUAGCUGGUGUAUCACUUGGACCAUUUGCAGAUUACAAGUCAAGAUUUAUCAGUGGUUCUGCUGGGGAAAUAUUUGAAUUUGCAGACCCGGAGAGUGUCGUUUCGAAAAGAUUGGAAGACUCUCUUCGGGUGGCGGUCAAAUAUGGGGCACGAAUCACGUAUGUUGGAUCAAUCGAUGAUCAACUGGUUUCGAUGGAGGUUUGCACUUUAAAUAUCUAACCGCUGUUUUCAUUUUGCUGACAAUUUGUAGUCGGCUAUAUUUGCCACUGCUAGUCAUCCUUACAUAUAUCGUGCGGUGUUUGUCGAUGGGAGGAUCCAUGCGCCUGACUUGUGAGUAUUGAAAUCCAUACGUGACGUACCAGCUGACAAUAUUUUAGUUUGUCCCAUCUUGUCGGAUUUGCGCUGAAACUUCGUAAUCUUGGUGUUUCUGAUCACGGACUCAUUCGAGAAUUGUCCGCACCUCUUGCUGGCAGUCUUUACACAGGAGAAGGCCAUUCGAGGCUGUAUGACGAUGGAAAGGUCUACGAGUAAGUUCCACCAAAAGCCAUACAUACCUUGAGAUUGCACUAACUCAUCUCCCCAGCCUGGCCAUCGAGCACGCCUUGGAAACCACCUCAUCGAGCGACCUUCCCCUUGAGCUCAAAAAAUACGAGAUCCCCAACACCUCCAACCCCUACGUCUUACCAUGGAUCAUGCGCGGACUCCUCGAAGAGGAAUUCGUGAAAACGGAACUUAACAAUGAGACGACGGAGCUUCUGAAGCAGUUUGAUGAUUGGAGGCCUUCGACUAAGGUUCUUAAGGAUGUUAAGUAUCGGCUGGAAGCGGUACGGUCGAAGUUGUAAGAUUGUGGGGAUUGUAGGGAUUGUGGGUAAUAGGGAUGUGGACAUGGAAGCAUGGGAUGGGAAUGGAAUCGGCGUAUUGGGUUUUAGGCAAAGUGGGAUAGCACAAAGGGAUAGCAUAGAGGAAUUUGCAGGUACUUGUAUGGCUGGCGUUCUUUGG